UAACUUCAGACGCGUUUAGUUUGGAAAUUUCAGCCAUGUUGUUGGCUAUAUUAUUUGUAGCAAGUGUCUUUAUUUCAAACGGUGGCUGUUUGGACUGUUUCGACUGUCGCAACAUCCUCUCCCUCAGCGAGUGCGACAGGAUAACAACAUGUGGUAGCGGGGAGGUGUGCCAUGUGGAGCAGUAUAUCAGUGAAAGUGGUCUUGUUCUUUACAACACUGGAUGUUUAUCAAACCUGAAAUGUCAGCCAAGUACAAAGGGUGGUCAACCUUUACAAAAUACCAUCAGAAGCGGUCACAAUGUCACCAUAUGUACAGAAUGCUGCAACCUGUCCUUCUGCAAUGACGCCGGGUGCGGACAAACUAGUUUGUCUAUGACGGAGCGUGGUCCAUACUGUUUUACGUGUGAUGGCAUUGAAUCCCCUGACGAAUGCAGACGGGUGAAAAGAUGCCAGGUGGAUGAGCACUGCAUGCUGUAUUCCAAACCUCACAUCCAGGGUAUUCCUAGUCCUCCCUCCUAUACCGGACUGUGCGACACAGAGUCGGCGUGCCAGGCACUUCGAGACGUUAACGUUCACACUGAAUGUCCAGCGUUCUGCUGUCCUGACGAUUUUUGCAACGAUAGAUGUGUCGGGAACACCACCACGACAACCUCAUAUAUGACAACUGUAAACACUGAACAAACAGGAUGCCCGCAAGAUCAUAUCUUCGACAGUGUUUCAUCGGCCUGUAUACAACUUGUUGAAACGUCCAAUUUCACCUUUGAUGAGGCAAAGGCGUUUUGCAACAGUUUUGGAGACCAACUCGUUAUAAUUGAUUCCAAUGAAAAGUCAGUCUUCGUGACCUAUGUGAUUCUACAUCAAACAAAAGAACAACUAAGUGCCCAAAAUUACUGGAUAGGUGCUCACGCCAUCAACGCUACAAGUGGGAAACCGUAUCACUGGUUGAACGGUCAAACCUUAGCAUUUGAAAGGUGGGGCACUGGUGAACCUGAUCAUAGUUACUAUCAACAAUGUGUGCUGAUUAAUGGACUGGACAAUUACCUCUGGUAUGAUACAUUUUGCCACGGACAAUAUCACACCAUCUGCGAACGUCCCUUAACUCAACACACGACAGCAGCAACAUCUAAUGCAGCAACAACUCCAAAAUCCACGACUUCAGUAAAGACAACUUCAAAAUCAACAUCGUCUUCAACAACACCAACACCAACAACAGCAACAACAACAACACCCACAACAACAACAAGAAAAGCAACAACAACAGCGACUACGACAAAGUCUACACAAACGACGACCACCACAACCAAAUCGCCUCCAACUACAACGAAAGCGCAAGAACAUUGCCCUGUGCAUCAUCAUCAUCAUGAUGGAUACAGCUUGCUUGUGGAUGGAAACACACAUCUCUGUGUUCUUAUUGUCGACCGUCAUGAAAGCUGGGAAGAUGCCAAGCGAAACUGUGCAAACGAGCAUCAUGGACGAUUAGUUGUUCUAGACAGCCAUGAAAAAAUGUCCCUUAUGGAUCAUAAUAAAGGCGAUCAUGAUUACUGGGUCGGGGCUGCAGAUCAAAAUUCUAACAACCAAUUUUCUUGGCUGAAUGAACAUCAUGUUGGUCCUCAUUUAUGGAACUCUGGUCAACCGAACGACCCUCACCACCAGCAUUGUGUUGCAUAUGUCGAUAAACUCUUAAGCGACAGAAAUUGUGAUGAUGAAUAUAGAUAUAUUUGUGAAAUACCUUUAUAAAAAAAGUAUUCAGAAUAAAGCGACAAUACGUUUUGCAAUGUA